CGGAGAUAAGGUAGUAUUGUUCCCAAGCUGCUUUGCUUUGGUUUCGCGACCUGUUUCUUUUCUUCAUUCUAUUUCAACUUUUAUGUUGCUCAAAAAAAAAGACAAAGAAAAAAAAAGGACCAACAGAUAGUAUCAAAACAAACAAACAAACAACAGGUCAAGAGCAGCAACAUUAACCCAAUCAAAGAUGGCGACGACGGUGACGCCGGCCCGCAUCCUCACCGAUGACCAUGCCUUUCUUGAACCCAGGAGAACCACCGACGGCGAAUCAUCCCCCCUCCUGUCGCCAGCCACCACCGACAUAACGCCAGAUGACGACGUUAAAAAACCAACAGCGCCGGUGCCGCACAUCCACUACAAGAGGAUAGCCAUCUUGUUCAUGGCGUCGGUGUGCCUGAUCGAGAUGUCGGUGGUGACGUUCCAGGCGCCGGCCAACGCGCUCAUGGAGGACGUCAUCUGCCGCGCCAAGCUCUCGCUCCCGCCGGCGGCGUCGACGUCGAGCCCGCUGGCCCUCGCCGACGACCCGCGCUGCAAGACGCCCGACGUGCAGGGCGAGCUGGCCAUGAUGCGCGGCUGGCAGAUGGCGCUCGACACGCUGCCCAGCAUCCUCUGCGCCGUGCCCUACGCCAUGCUGGCGGACCGCGCGGGCCGCCGACCCGUCCUGAUCCUGGCCUGGGUCGGGCUCACGCUCUCCGUGUUCUGGCAGGCGCUGGUGCUGCUGCUCAGCACCCGCGGCGUCGUGCCGCUCUGGACCAUCUACCUGGCGUCGCUGUGGACCUUUAUCGGCGCCUUUUCCUGCACGGGGCCCGCCAUGCUCUUCACCGUGCUCGGCGACGUCUGCCCGCCCGCCGAGCGCGCCGCCGUCUUCUUCCGCGUCAGCGUCGCCUUCAUCGUCGGCGAGCUCAUCGGCAGCCCCCUCGCCGGCGCCCUCAUGAAGCUGGGCGGGCCCUGGCUGCCCAUCGGCGUCUCCCUCGUCGGCUGCGCCAUGAGCUUGUGCCUGACCUGGUUUGUGCCCGAGACGCUGGAGAAACGACCCGAAGACGACGACGACGACAACAAAAAAAAGCAAGCCCCCGUGACCCUCAGGUCCGCCGCCCGCGUGGUGGCCGCCAGCUUCCGCGACCUGUGGGCCUUUACGGUGGCGCACACCCACCUCCUGUGGCUCAUGGUCCCGAUGGCGCUCUUCGUGCUGGGCCGCAUGGUGCAGGACGCGCUGCUGCAGUACGCGACCAAGCGCUACGGCAUCAGCUGGUCGAGCGCGUCGGUGCUGCUGGGGGCGCGCACGGCGGCCAACCUGUUCCUCUUCGUGGUGGUGUUCCCCUGCAUCUCGCACGCGCUGACCGAGCGGUCGCGCAUGUCGACGCCGGCCAAGGACCUGCUCAUGGCGCGGUGGACGGGCGCCGUCGGGGCGGCCGGCUCCUUCCUCGUGGCGCUCUCGUCGACGCCCGCAUUGUUUGUGCUCUCGCUCGUCGUCUUCUCCGUCGGCACCGGCUUCUCGCCCGUGCUGAGGUCGCUGCUAAACACCCUCGUCGAGCCGCGCCACCUGGCCAUGGUCAACAGCCUUGUGUCCUUCCUCGAGCUCAUCGGCACCUUCAUCGCCGGUCCCCUGCUGAGCAAGGCCCUGAGCGUCGGCAUCGAGCUGGGCGGGCCCUGGGUCGGCCUGCCCUUUUUCGCCGCCGGCUGCAGCCUGGCCCUGAGCGCGGCGCUGGUCUGGGUUUACAGGCUGCCCAGGCCGGCCAAGGGUGGUGCCGAAGAAGCCCUGGUUGGUGGCGGCGCUCACCGGUGUUAGGACUAGUUCUAGAUGUCAGUAGACGCUUGUCAUUGUCAGCCUUUUAAUAUAUUCUUUUCUCGUUUGUUGCAAAUGGACCGCUGAGUGCAUCGAUGGCACGUAAUUCCAUGGGUCGGUCUGUAAGUUGUUAAUACUACGUUAUAAACUUUCCAUUGCGAGCGUAUGCAGACAAGUCCCUCUGUGUAAACACGACAAGCGCAUAGAUCAAAUAACCGACGAUAAUAACCAAAGAACAAAAUGUCAGGGGUAUCUCAUACUAGACUGGUCCGAUAUCAUAUAUAAUUACUCCCAACCAAGAGUUGAAACGCAACACCCAACUCAUGUCAAGCAAACUUUUCAUCUAAAAUCACCUCACGUGCACUUUGCGGUAGCGAAUAACCUCCUCGCCAUCCUCAUCAGUAAUCCUCUCGGCCUCAAUCCGGUAGCCUCCCAGCUUGGGCCACAACUUGGUCCACACGGCCCAGUAGGCCGCACCGAGGAGCAGCACGCCGACGCCGACAAUGGGAAAGACGUAGUACGGGUAUCCGUCCUCGUUCCAGCUGGUCUCGGGCGGGAUGAAGGGCACGAGGGCGAGGAACGCAUUGGCCAAGAGGUAGAGGACGCUGAUGGGCAGGUACGUGUGCCAGGGGCUGGACCAGUUCUCCUUCUUGCUGAACUGGAGGUAGAUGAGGCCGGCCGCGACAAAGGCGUUGAUCCAGGCGCCCGGGUACGUGUAGAGGUUGACGAUGAAGUUGUAGGCCGAGCCGGCGGGCGGCGCCAGCAGCACAAUCACCGUGACGAUCCAGUGCAGGAAGAGAGCGGCCGCCGGCGUGCCAAAGGGCUUGGUCGAGGCCCAGAAGCGGCUGAACGGCAACAGACCCUCCUUGCCAAACUCCUGGUUCAGGCGGGCGUGCGCAAAGCUGACGGCCAGGACGUUGCCGAGGUUGGACAGGGCGACAAAGGCCGGCAGAGCGGUGCCGCCGGCACGGACUCCAAACACGUUGCGGAAGAAGAUGCCCGCCACGAUCACCUCGGACUUGGCCAGUUCCGACUUUGGGAUGGCCGCAAAGUAGGCCACGUUGGCGAGCACGUAGAGGAUGGUGGUACCGCCGACGGCCAGGGGCAUGGCGACGGCGAGCGUCUUUCGCGGGUUCUUGAGCUCGCCGACCACGUAGUUGGCGUUCUCCCAGCCCUUGAAGCUGUAGAUGAUGUUCAGCAGCGCAUUCGAGUACGCGUAUGCCCCGCCGCCGCUGUAGCCGUCUCCCGUCUCGAUGGCAAAGGCGUUGUCAAAGUUGCGCGGGUCGUCGACGAGCCUGUGGCCGGCCAGCGCGGCGAAGCCCGAAAAGACUAUGAGCAGCAAGAUGAUGACCUUGAACACGCCCAGGACGUUGAACAGGCGGAUGCCCCACUUGGGCAGCACGACGUGCAGCAGGAUGGCAAAGGUGACGCAGGCGACGGCGAUGCCGCGGGCCUGCCAGUUGUCCGGCGUGAUCUCGCCGAGACCGCCGGCGGCGAACAGGACGUAGCGGCCAAAGGCGAGCGAGUUUCCUGACGAGAAGCCCAGCAGGAUCAUCUGAGCCGCGAGCACGCACGUAGCCAGGUACCGGGGGUGGCGGUAUGCCCGCUCGAGGUAGUUCUUUUCGCCGCCAGAUCGGGGGAUGGCGAGACCAAAUUCUAAAAAGACCGAGAUGCCGGCAAAAGUGAGGAUUCCGCCAAUGACCCAGAGCAUCAAUGAGAUACCGACAGAGCCGGUGGCUGCAAAGAUGCUGGACGGGGUUGAGAAGACUGCAUGGUGAAAUGAGUGUUAGAUCAAGGUCCAGGUCAAGGUCAUACGUGAUUUCUUUGCGCUACAUGUCAAAAGAGGCAUAAAAUUCUGUGCUUACUUCCGGUGCCAAUCAUCUUGUUAAGAAUCAGAAACACUGCUCCCGUAACUCCAAGCUUGCGUUUCUCGUCAACGUGGAAUUUGGAGACCCCCGCGAUUUCCGUAUCGCUGUCGGUGACGUUGACACGAUCAUGACUGUCCUCUUUGACAACGCCUUCCUCUUUGAGGACGCCUUCGUCCCGCUCCUUUGAGAACGGAGCCGACAUGAUAUUCGGGCGUAUAGCCGAGUCCGAUCUUGACUUUUGUAUGUAUGGCUGGGCUCGCUUGACAGAAAAAGGAAGCUACAACGUUGCUCGAUGAUCUUGGUAUCAAGGCAGUUGUGAUAUUCGUCGCAUGUCCAGUGCCGUCGGGCGAAAUACAACAAAAUUAACUAUGGCAAAGCCGCGGGGCAACGGCCAAUGUCGAAUCGGACAAGGAGAGGGAAAGAAGACCAAAAAGACAAAGCUCGGAUGGUUUUCACCCGCAACCGAUACAAAUUGAGAGGCGACAUGAUUUGCUUCUUAUAUGAGGGUACCACAAGAAUGGCAAAUCGAACGGGCUUGGUAUAAGAUGCAAAGAGUGCAAAAAAGGAAGAGAGAGUCAGGGGGGUGUCGGCACGCAAUUUUGCAUUGCCUUGACGCAAACCGUUGCAAUGGGAAGGUCAAAUUUGGGUGUUGCCUGGGUUCCAUUUCGAUUGGGUAGGCUUAUGUGACCACCCCGUCCAUCGGGCCUUCUCGUUUAUGGCGUAUAGCUUGGCAUUGCCAUGGGGGUCAGCCCCGCACUAUUCUGGUAGUUUUCCCGUGCACCAACAAGACCAAGUACCGCCUUGUGAUCUGUAGCAGCCAAUUAGCCUCUGCUUGUUGGGGGUGGGGGUUGCUGAUUCCCUUGUUGCAUCAUCACCAGUCUCUCUUGGGUUGCGAGUGCAUCUUUUUUUUUUCUCUCUUUCUUUGCGCCAACGCUGAGGAAAUGCUUGACCUCGCAGUAGUCUGAAGCUUCGACGGGCGCCAAAUGAAAAGCUUUACCCCAGCUUGCCCAGCCAAAAGUCAAUCAGGGUUCCCGCUCCUGGCUGCAGUUUAAUACAAAGGUGCUUCCAUGUUUGUAUUAGCGUCGAUUGCGUGAUCGGCCAGUUUCAUGGUUCAGGGCUUGGCUUUGUUUAUUUCACCACCUCCAGGCCAUCAUCAUGCGACCAACAGUCAUGAAAUCUCGAACGAAGUCGAACGAAGCCUGCUGUCGACCUUUUUCUCGAGUCCAACAACCAUCCAAUUUUAGGGUACUCUGGUUUGCUCAACCUGUUUCCCGUUUGACUUUGUUGUUUUUGUUCAGCACAAAAUCUGCACAACGUCCCAAAUCCCGUCAUAGUUUAUUUCUUUGGAUCGUCGGUCAUUUACAAAACCCCGAAUCGUCUUGUACACAAACCGAGUCUGAAGUUUGACAUCAGGGAAAUGAUUUGAUUACCAUAGAGGUGAUCUUGACAUGACUCUGUUUCCCCAGAUCUUUAGUCACAUGACAUCGGCAGUUGAGAGCUCACAGAUUCCAUGUUAUCAGAGGCAAAACUGGCACGUCCAAACAAACUUUUGACAUAAUUAGCAGGCUGCCAUAAUCUUGAUGAUGAAGUUGACCAAUGGUAGUUAGUUAUUGGCUGCCAUGAGAUUGUUUCAUUUUCCCUUUAUCGGCAAAGAGGCCAGCCGAGUCUAGCUGGACCGGAAAGUAUUUCCUUUCCGUGGCCGUCUUCAAAAGAGGGAUAGAUGACAUACUCCUUGACGUCUUGCCUUGCCUGGCCACGAGUUCUGUACCUAGGUAGCUAGGUAGCUGUUCAACCACGAACCAAUUGAGGUUGCACAUGCCGACAGCUGCGUGUUCGAAAGGGGUAUAUGUAUCGUGCUUCUUUUUGUCAUAUGCCAACUCUACAUGCCCCAACCAAAGUAAAGAUAUGGUUAUAGCC